AUGGACACUAUGGGAGAAGACGUCAGUGGGUCGGAAGAAGACGACCAAAUAGCCAUGGACGAUGUCAAAUCAAACAGCAGCAGCUCCAAUGUCACAUCGCAGAGACAAACAUUUGUCCAAAAACUGUACAAGAUAUUAGAAGAUCCUACAUUUCAGAGCUUGAUUUGUUGGAGUGCUACAGGGCAGAGCUUCCUGGUGAUUGAUCCUACGCAACUAGCCCGCACAUGUUUACCAAAGGUGUUUAAACAUAACAACUUUACAAGCUUUGUGAGGCAGCUUAAUCUAUAUGGCUUCCACAAGACAAAUAGACAACAUACACGAAUCCCAGAUGAAGAACGUGAUCGGGACUCGGAACCGAGAGAGUUCUUCCAUCCCAAAUUUGUUAGGAAUCGACCUGAACUACUAGUUGAAAUACGACGAAAGCCAACGAAUCUGGGAUCUGUACAGGCUGCGUCUGGAAUGACUGCUGUUCCCAGACAUCCUACACCACCUAUGGGCCAGAAAUCACAAACAUCCCAGCCAAUGUACAUCACCCAACAAAUAUCCACACCACCGACACUAACACCAUCCAGCUCUCUCGGUGAUUUGCCAUCACAGACUAGCGGUGGUGCAUCGUCGUCAUCAGCAAUGCCACCGGGCCCUCAAGGUCCAGCCGCUACAACAUCAUUCGAGUCGCGAUUAUGGCAGCUGCAAUUCAUGAUUCAGGAUUUGAUUGGUCUUGUGCGUGACAUUCAUCGUCGUCAGGAUAAUCAGCAAAGGGCAGUUGAUGAAUUAACGCACCAGAUUACUCAGUUACAGGGUGUUGUGCGUGGUUCACAAUCAUCAAACACAGCCUUAGCCUCUCUCGUGCAGGACACGAGUAGUAGCAGCAGCAACACUAGUACCACCCGCAACAUUAGCAACCAAACAUCAUACCGCCCACUCCCACAAUUCACAGCUCCACCAAACUUUAGUACCCAAACGCAGGCGCUUGGAUUACCCUCUUCCUCAUCAUCGCAACAACAAUCGGAUAAUUAUACGAACUUCCCGAUAGUGAACACCCCCCAACUCAUCCGCUCACUAUCACCACCCCAACAGCAACAGCAAUCAAACCUCGUGUACCCGCUAGCGUCCACAUCGUCGAUACGUAUGGAUCAGAAUAUGUAUACUCAGAUGGUGGGUGGUAAUAGUCAGCAAGUGCAGCAGUCUCCACCGAACAUGCAACAACAAAUACAGAAUAUGCAGCAGAAUAUGCAGCAGCAGCAGCAGCAGCAGCAGGAUGCUAGUGUGAAUAUGACCCAGCAGGAGGCAACGAGGAUGCUCAUGUUGCCACCACCUAGCAGUAUAUCCCAAAUGGCGGCGAAUUGGAAUCGUGCUGCUGGCGGCGCGUCAAAUUGGCAACCACCACAAUAG